AAAACAAAAACAAAAUCCAGGCACCACAUCCCUCCAUCAAAGUUUAUAAAAAGGGUGAGCCUUUGGUUUCAUAAAAGUCAGCAAAGAAGAAAGAAAAUAGAGAAAUGGGGAGAGCUCCUUGUUGUGACAAAGCAAAUGUGAAGAAAGGGCCAUGGUCUCCUGAAGAAGACUCUAAGCUGAAAGAUUAUAUAGAGAAAUAUGGAACUGGUGGUAAUUGGAUUGCUCUCCCUCAAAAAGCUGGUCUGAAAAGAUGUGGGAAGAGUUGCAGAUUGAGAUGGCUUAAUUAUCUGAGGCCAAACAUUAAACAUGGUGAAUUCACUGAUGACGAAGAUAGGAUUAUCUGUACCCUCUUUGCUAGCAUUGGAAGCAGAUGGUCAAUAAUAGCUGCUCAGUUACCAGGAAGGACUGAUAAUGAUAUCAAGAACUAUUGGAACACCAAGCUUAAGAAAAAGCUCCUGGCCAUGAAUGGUAUUCCCUCUCAACCGCAAAGAAAACCACCACCACCACCACCACCAUUUUCUCAUCAACCUCAACCUGUUUCAUCACUAUACGAAGACAGCACUGCUUAUUAUUACACACCUUUUGAACCCAUUAUGUCAUCAGCCCAAUCUGAUCUUUUGAACAACACGAACUUGACCAACAAUUCUUCUCUCAUUCAAACACCAGAAAGCUUGUUCAGUCACAUGCAAUAUCAUCCAAUGAGAGACAAUUUCCUUAUGUAUGGGGGUGAACCAAGCUGCAGUUCAUCUGAUGGUAGCUAUGGCAAAGAGAUGAAACAAGAAGAUCAUAUGGGUUUUCAGGGUUUUGGUGCUUCAUUAGACUAUGGUACCAACAAUGGAGUUAACCAAUGGAUUGAGAAACAAAGUGGGUAUAAUGGAGAAUGCCCAUUAGACUAUAACCUUGAAGAUGUUAAGAGACUGAUUAGCUCUAAUAAUAACAGCUUCUUCAUAGAUGAAAAUGACGCACAAGAUAAAGCUAUGUACUGCUGUUACUACUAGUGAUGGAACUGCUUGCAGGAAAGAUUUGAUGGGGUAAGGCCCAAAGCUGAGGGAUUGAAAAGAAAAAAAGAAAAAAGACUUUCAGUUUCUGGGGUAAUGUGUACUGAAUCUGAUGAAAUGAAACAUAUUUUAAAAUUUGCCUUUUUUAUAUGUAUUUGAUGCAUUUCUUUUUGGGAAAUGAUGAUAAUUCUUGUUUGUACGGAUCCUUCCACUGCAAGAAAUCAAUGUUCUCAUGAAAACAAGAAUUUAAUCAUCAUUAAGUGAACAAAUGUCAACCUAAACCAAGCUUGCACUGUAGUU